AUGUCGUUAAAUAAUGAUUCAAUUCAACGUAAUAAACCCAUUCUACGUGAUGCAGAUUCUCAACGUCCACGUAUGACAACAAAUGAAUCACAUGUUUUCAAUUUACCUCCACCACCAUCGACAACAAAUCAUCCACUAUCAACAGUUCGUACAUCACCAAUUCCAGGCAAUUUUAAUAUUCCACCACCACCAUCAUCAAUGCUUACAGAUACAAUGUCAACAUUUAAUAAAGAACGUUUACAUGAUGUUUUACAACAAGGUUUAGGUACAUAUGUAUUUAUUGAACAUUAUGGUCUUGUACCAAAAUUAAAUCAUUUCUAA